AUGUCGUCCGCCAAGGUGCAGUUCAUGAUCACGAACGCCAUGCGCGCGAUUUUGGUUGAUGAUUUGGAUUAUCUCGACGCCGAAGUCGACGUGAUGCGACCCGAGAUCGCGGCACAGCUCAUCGAAACGCGAACGAAACGACCGUUUGGCGAUCGCCCGAUGCCGGAGGCGUGGAAACGAGGAGGGAACAUGCCGCAGAGACGAGGGGGAGGGGCGCUGUCGAAUAAUCUGGUAAAGCUGUUCCUCGCCGGCGUCUGUUGCCUGGGCGCGGCGGUGAUGAGCGGGAGAGUGUCCGUGGGAACUCUUCUCGGUGGGGCGCCGCUGGGGAGGAAACCGUUGAAGAAACUUUCGAGCGAGAUGAAGUCGACGAAGAAGCGGAAGAGUUCGUCGAAAAAGCGAAGAAAAAAAACGGCGGCGGCGUAA